UACAGAUGGCAUAGCUGUCCAUCAUGUCGGCAGCAAUCACACCCGAGCACGCUUAUGGCUCCGCGGUGUUACGCCUGCUGAGAGGCCCUGCCUUUACGCGUACUGAAAACACAGCGGACCCGCUAGCUGGCUCCUCAGCAAAUAGAAUCGUACUACGCUACAUCGGGCGGGGAGUGGAUUUCAUUCUCCACAUUAAAUAUGUACCAAACAUAAACUUUUCGUAUUUGACAAGUAAUUAACAAUUUUGAAUGAAAUAUAUGUCACCGGUAUGAUACCCUACAAAACAACGGGUAACAUGGAUAGCUAAGCAGACCGGCUGGGACCUUAGAUCUCCGAACUUCGGGAUGGCUACCUCUGGUGAUAACCUGACUGUUGUUCAGGUGGGCCCUAACAAUGGGACAGGUUCGGAGUAUGAUGACUGGUCACCGGAUUAUUGGCAUAAACAAAUCCAGAUAUAUGUGUUUCCGGAAAUGUAUGAGUGGGUAUUUGUGGCACUUUAUAUUGUUGUUUUCUCUGUAGGACUUGGCGGGAACUUUAUUGUGUGUUAUGCCGUAUGGAAAACUAAACACCUGCGAACCGUCACCAACUAUUUCUUGGUGAAUCUGGCAUGUGCAGACUUCCUUGUAAUUGUCGUCUGCCUGCCCUUCACCCUAGUUCAGGAUAUAGCCCAGUCUUGGCUCCUUGGGCUUGCCAUGUGUAAACUUGUUCUUUAUAUACAGAAAGUGUCCGUCCUGGUGUCUGUACUCACACUGACGGCCAUCUCAAUAGAGCGAUACAUGGCGAUCUGUCACCCGCUGUCCUUCCGCGUAUCCAAGUACAAGACUAUCCUGGUUAUCGGGAUGGUAUGGCUAUUGUCCUUGUUAGUGGCCAUACCAGACCUCAUCUUCCUUACGCUUUUCCCGGACGACAAAAUCCCGUCGGACAUUGGAAACAUUUGGCUGACAUCAUGCAGACCCUCUAAUGAGCAGACAGAGUUAAUCUAUCAAAUGUUCCUCAUAUUGGCCUACUACGUCCUUCCUCUCAUCAUCAUGGGAUUCACCUAUACCCGGAUAGCCGUAUGUCUGUGGCAGAGUACACAGGCUGGGCCGGCAACCAACAACGUUGCUACCGACGGUAAUGCAGCCACAUUACGCAACAGGAAGAGGACUGCCAAAAUGCUCAUUAUGGUGGUGGUGUUGUUUUUUGUCUGCUACCUGCCUGUAUACCUGUUAAAUAUAUUAAGAUAUGCGCAGGCGCUUCAUGGUGUGCCCGACCUUGCAAUAUCUGUGAUAACGCUGACGUCACGGUUCCUGUGUUAUUUCAACAGUGCCAUUAACCCGGUGAUCUACAACUUUAUGAGCGAGAAGUUUAAAAAGGAGUUUCGAGUGGUGUGCUGGUGCUGUUUACAACUCAAUUAUACACGCAAUCAGCGUUCAGUGAACGCCAGUAGGGCACAUAACCAUUCUUCUGAAGACCAGUCUGGGAUGCCCCUCCGGAGCGUACAUCGUCACAACAAAAGUGCUUUCUACAAAGAUGGCAGCUUGGAGUAUUCUGAUUCGAGGACGGAAAUGACGCGCCUAAAACCGUUCAAUCACGGCUCGCGAGUCUGUAAAGACUCCUACUACAAUGGUAGCCCCGCCCAUCAUCCCACGUGAUUGACGGAACAAAAUGACGUCAUUGUAUGAAGGUUGAUAGUUUUUGUCUGAGACUUCAUCAGCUGAAGACUCCAAUAGAUAUGCAGUUAAUAUCGGAACUCUUCAAUUGAUUGAUAUUUUCAAUCAAAAUGUCAGUAUGUCAUCGUUAACACGAAUAUUUGACGUGUUUGAUGGAAGAUAAAAUCAGUGGUCAUUUAAUGUAAUUGUUAUUCAGUGACAACACUUGGUGAAACAUUCAUUUCUCCAUCCGUACCGGUCAAAGCAUAUCGUUAACUUGUUGUAGGGUUUGUAUAUUGUUUCGUGAUAUUCAUUAAUUGUAAAAAU